CAACAUGUGAGGAUGUGGUACUUGCCUGCGGCUUUGCUGGGCAAACGAUCGAGGACUGCUGCUCCUACACCGACACUGUCCCCACGGACAUUGGAUACUGUAUCAGAUUUGCCAACUCAAAACUGAAUAUAACUCAAUUUCUGAGUGGAGGCAGUUAUGGCUGGCAGUUCAUCUUGGAUGGAAACAAUGCGCAGGAUCCAA